AAAAGUAUUUUAGUUUUUGUUUUGUUAAAGGAAUAUUUCUACUCUGAUUGGCUGCUGAUCUGCCAUGCUGGCGGUGUGUACAUCACAGGAGCGGGACUUUAAAUCCACUAAAGUUAGAUUAUCAUGGCUGCUGGAGAAGGCGGGCCUUUCUGAUGUGUGAUUUUACUAAAGUUCCUCUCCAGGAAGCUAAAGGGAGCUGGUUCAGCAUGUCUAAGAUGCUGUUUGUGUCCUCGUUGCUUACCUUUGCCACUGUCGUCUCAUUGGGUCACAACUCAGAAUUCAUUCAGUGGAUAUGUUUACACACACACACACACACACACACACACACACACACACACACACACACACACACACACACACACACACACACACACACCUGUUCACGUUCUUAUUCCCUCCUAAACAGGCUUUAGCUGCCAGACUUUAGUAAAUCGGGUGUUUUUGAAUAUUUCCUCAAACACUGAGCUAACAAACAGGAUCUACACAAUAAAAACAAGCUGAACUCAUUCAAACUGGAACCAGAUCCAGGCUCUGACGCGUUCUAGGAAAGGUGUUGUGUCACCGUGAGAUAAACACAGUUUGGGUGUGUGAGCGACAAACCUCCGAUCUGUUAACCUUAUCAGCUAACUGAAGUGUUGUGUCCCUUAGAGCUGGGCUGGGUUACCUCUGCGGCUCAGAGAACAGCACUUUGCUGCUUCCUGUCCAGCUGAGCUCAUAGUUUUGGUCCUUCCCCUGAAGUCUGGCUGACUUCUACCCAACCUGGAUUCUGAUCUUCAGCCAGAGCUGUGGGAACAUUUAAAGUGCUGAUCUGCGUGUGAUUGCUCCGGGACGUUGACAUUUUCCUUGUUCCGUGUCCGUUCAGCUUUCAUGCUCGGGCACCUUCUGCUCUCCAACCACACACGGGCCGUCCUGAAAAGGGACUCAUUUACUAAACUAAUGACCAUCACCCUGACCACCAGCAGGACACACACCAACCACCUCAGAUGAACGCACUUUUACUCCUGUUUCCAUCUGAGCACCUCCGGUUGCUGGGCUUUGGGGUUUAGCAGCAGCCCUGAACCCUACAGGAGCUCCGUUUCAGCUCAGGACACCUGGUGACAGGAUCCUCUGACAUCACCUGACUCGGCUUGGUUUAUCGAAGGGUUAAAAGUAUGGGCGUUCCCGUUUUCCGCUUGUGCUCCCUCCCUGUAAUCUCCUCACUCUUUCCUCCUUCCACUACCAAGGAGCUUUUAGACAGAAUCAGGACCAAACUGAAUAUUCCUUACAUUUCAGGUGAACCCUCACAAGGAUUUAUUGUGUCUUUUAAGGAAAUCUACCAACGCCUUCAUCCCCAGGCAGCAAACGUAGAUCCAACACAGCCACCAGCAUGGAGCUCCAGAAGAUGAAUGGACACAUCAGAGAUGAUGGGUUUGAUGGGGUUGAUGCCAUGACAGAGCACGAGGAGUUUCUCCCACAAAAAGAUGGCGUGAAGAAAGAAGUUCACUUUACAGACUUUGAGGGAAAGACUUCGUUUGGCAUGUCUGUCUUUAACCUGAGUAACGCCAUCAUGGGCAGCGGCAUUCUGGGAUUGGCUUUUGGAAUGGCCAACACCGGAGUGGUCCUCUUUGUAGUCCUGUUGUGUUGCAUUGCUGUCAUGUCUGCAUAUUCCAUCCAUCUGCUGCUGAAAAGUGCCGGAGUGGUCGGUAUCCGUGCAUACGAGCAACUUGGGAAUCGUGCCUUUGGCCAGCCAGGAAAAAUGCUGGCCGCGUGUGUCAUAACAAUUCACAAUAUUGGAGCCAUGUCCACCUACCUCUACAUCGUGAAGUCUGAGCUCCCGCUGGUGAUCCAAGCCUUCCUGGGGAAACAAGUUAUCACUGGAGAGUGGUUCUUGAAUGGAAACUACUUGAUCAUCAUUGUUAGUGCUCUGGUCAUUUUCCCUCUAGCACUCAUGAGACAUCUUGGUUACCUUGGUUACACAAGUGGCUUCUCUCUCACCUGUAUGAUGUUCUUCCUCUUAUCUGUUAUAUACAAGAAGUUCAACAUCCCAUGUCCACUUCCUGGCCACAACACAACUGCUCCUAAUUCCACCUCUCAUGUUAACGUCACCUGUGAAGCACAACCGUUCACUGUCAACUCUGAGACUGCUUACACCAUCCCCAUCCUGGCUUUUGCUUUCGUGUGCCACCCUGAAGUGCUACCAAUCUACACUGAGCUACGAAAUGCCACCAAGAGGCGCAUGCAAUGUGUUGCCAACGUCUCCAUCCUGGCCAUGUUUGUCAUGUACCUGCUGACGGCCAUUUUUGGUUACCUCACCUUUUACACUGCUGUGGAGGCGGAGCUGUUACACACCUACUCUAAAGUGGACUCCUUGGACAUCCUGAUUCUCUGUGUGCGUCUGGCUGUGCUGGUAGCUGUCACUCUGACAGUCCCCGUGGUUCUCUUUCCGAUUCGUAAAGCCUUGCUUCAGAUCUUUUUCCCCGACAAGCCUUUCCACUGGGUCAGGCACAUCACCAUCGCACUUUCUCUCAUCAUAUCAGUUGACCUGCUUGUUAUAUGUGUCCCUUCCAUCAAAGACAUCUUUGGAGUCAUUGGAGCCACGUCUGCACCCAGUCUCAUCUUCAUCCUCCCUGCUAUCUUCUACAUCCGGAUUGUUCCUGAAGAACAAGAAUCUUUGAAGUCGAGGCCCAAAAUCCAGGCUAUGUGUUUUGCUGCAUUAGGGUUCAUCUUCAUGAUCUUGAGCCUGUCGUUUAUCAUCAUCGGCUGGGUCACGGGAAAGUCUCGGAGCGGCGGUGGACACUAGCUAGCAGCUACAAGCCAAGACUGACCAGAGGAACUCCAAACAGCACGUCAACCAAAACUCACCCUGCAAACAAACCCCACCGGUCAGCCGAGUUCUCAUCCGGGGUUUGGUGAUUUACGACGAAGGACAACAGUGAAGAGCCUCGCCCAAAGGAAGAGCUUUCCUGAUGGGUGCUGUGCGUUGACUGAAUGCACCGCUCAGAGCAAGGAUGCUGGUGGGGCCGUGAAGCAGGAGGACAAACGAGAACCAAAGCAGAAGUCCGGUUUCAGGAGCCGGGUGGAAAAACGGAGCCACUAUCAUUUACUUCCAUAAUACGUCAUAUAAGUUUUUGUUCAUUAACUUUUACUAAACAAACAUUCAUUAUAGGUUGUUCAUUCUGUUAGUUUUUUAUGUACAAGAUUCUGGUAAGAUGUUGCUCGGGUAACAACGAGGAGCUGAUGGUCGGCAUCGCCACGGAGGAACUUUAUUUCACCUAAAGACAACUUUCUGUGUGAUGAAACUCAUUUAAUGUGUUUUUAUGUCUCCUGACGACUGACAGGCGGCUCUGUACAAGGUCAUGAUUUAGGUACCGAUGCAACCCGGUGCAAUAUGUAGGAGAUUAUGCUGCUGUUGUCGACGGUCAGUCAGAGGGUUACUGAUAGUUGUGUGACUCUGAAAGGUGGUUCACACAAGUGAAAAACUGUUUUCUGUUCGUCUCCAACCCACAAACCAAAGAGUAUUUAACUGUUACGUUAAGAGAGAGAAUGCAUUGUUUUCCUGUCACAUUCAGCUGUUCGAUCAGUUAAAUUCAACACCCAGACUGUUUCAUCAUUUCCUGCAUUUACAAUUCAGUUGCUUUUAAUUGUUUUUAUUGUACGACUGGACCAAACACCUUUGUUCCAGAGCCUGCGCGUUUUAAAAAUGUAUUUAAAUGUUGUUUGUCAAUAAAAAAAAGUCUCUUCUUUGUA